CGCGCUAGCGGCCGUAUUAUCGCCUGGCAUAGUGUGCACACACGUACCGUCGGUGCGACGAGAGCGUUUGCCUGUGUAAAUGUGUGUGCUAGGUGAAUCCGGAAUCGUCUGCUCCGUUGCUCUCGAGAGGAGAAGACGGUCGGCUGGAGAGGAGGCGAGGAGUUAGUUAGUCCGACGUCGAGCCAGUGAUUGGCCAGAGAUGUGCCGUCGAUGUUUUCCCAAAACGCUGAGGGUGUCGCGUCAAUUAUCGCGUUGACGUUCCGCUGCAUCGGUUCGGUCGUGCGGUGGUCGUGCAGUUUGACGACGUAAAAAGUGAUCGUUACCCAGCGAAAGAGAGAAAGAGAGAGAGAGAGAGAGAGAGAGAGUUUGAGCAAGAGAGUGCGGCAGAGGGAGCGAAGAGUGAGGAAGAAGGAGUGAGAAGGAGAACGAGAGGAGGGAGAGAGCAGUGCCGCCAGGCUUUUCUCCGUGUUUCGCCUGGAGUAUCAGCAUCGCCUUCCGUGUUUCCCGCGACGGGUAGCAGACGACGUAAUUGAAACGAUGCUGACAGGGGCUGCCGCCGAGUGAGAACCGGGCCGGCGGAGGGGGCGAAGCAGCCGAAGAAGCGGAAGAAGAGGCUGCUGAGGGUGGAAAAGAAAAGAAAAGCGGGCCGCCUUGUUUUGCAUGUUUUGAUUUUUUCGAGUCGGGGAAACGGCACGUCCGUUCACUGACAUCCACCGUCGCACUCACGAUGGCAGGCACAAAGUCCGUCGCUAACGUCGUUCAGAUAAAACCGGUCGAGGUAUCGCAGCAGCUCCAAGACGGCGAGAAAUUCGUAAAAUGGGACGAGGACUCAGGAGUUGGGACACCAGUCACGCUGCGGGUCGAUAAAUUUGGUUUUUAUCUUCAUUGGGUAGAUCAGAACAAUGAAAUGGAUAUGCUCGAUAUUUCCACAAUACGAGACACACGCACUGGAAAAUACGCCAAAAUCCCAAAAGAUCCGAAAUUGAAAUCCCUUGUAACAAUGGGCUCUCAAGAUUCCCUUGAGGAGAAGACUGUAACGGUGUGUUACGGCUCUGACUUUGUCAACGUGACGUUUAUCAAUUUUUGCACAACACGAGCUGAAAUCGCACGACAUUGGACGGAUCAGCUGUUGAAAGUUGCUUACAACUUGACACAACUUAACACGAGCUCAAUAAUGUUCUUACAAAAAGCGCACACUAAGCUUUCUUUAACAGCUGACAAGUCUGGAAAGGUUGCAAUUAAAAAUGUGAUAAGAAUGUUCGCACAAAAUAAAGAAGACCGCAAACGUGUUGAAAAAGCACUUGAUAUUUCCGGCAUGCCUUCUGGCAAGAAUGAUGCAAUAUCUUUGCAGAAAUUUCAGUUUGAAGAUUUCUUCAAUUUUUAUAAAUCCCUCACUCAGCGUACCGAGGUAGAAAAAGUGUUUGAUGAAAUUGUGGGCAAUGCGAAGCGCCGACUAAUGUCAGCUGCACAGCUUGUAGAGUUUCUAAACAAAACUCAAAGGGAUCCACGAUUGAAUGAGAUUUUAUAUCCGUAUGCAAAUACAGCGCGGGCAAAGGAUAUUAUCAACGAGUACGAACCAAACAAGUACAACGCAGGAAGAGGAUACCUUAGUUUUGACGGUUUUCUCAGGUACUUAAUGAGCGAGGAUAAUCCCAUUAUGGCUGUAUCAAAAUUUGAUCUUUCCGACGACAUGGAUCAGCCACUAGCUCACUAUUUCAUCAAUUCAAGCCACAACACUUACCUCACAGGACAUCAAAUAACUGGUAAAAGUUCAGUUGAGAUCUAUCGGCAGUGUUUGUUAGCUGGAUGUCGUUGUGUGGAGUUGGAUUUCUGGAACGGCAGAUUUGAUGAACCCAUGAUUGUUCACGGAUACACAUUUGUGCCUGAAAUAUAUGCACGGGACGUGAUAGAGGCGAUAGCUGAGAGUGCCUUCAAGACUUCAGAAUAUCCGGUCGUCCUCAGUUUUGAAAACCAUUGCAAUCCCAGACAGCAAGCAAAAAUAGCACAGUAUUGCAGAGAGUAUUUUGGCGACAUGCUGCUCGAUGCUCCUCUUGAAUCUCACAAGUUAGAACCUGGACAAGAACUUCCACCGCCGUCGUCGUUGAAGCGUAAAAUAAUAAUAAAGAACAAAAAGAAACAUCACCAUCAUCAUCAUCAUAAGAAACAUCACAAGAAGCAACAAGCACAUUCGCAGGAUUCCGGCGAGGGUUCGCAGGAAGCCGAUGACAACGGACUUGUCAACAACGGAGCUGAGGGCGAGAGUGGACCACCGCCUGAUAUCAUACCGCAAAACGAAGUUGUGGAUGGAGUCGUCAUCGGAGCCGCUCCAACUGAGCAGCAAGUUGGAAAUGGAGACAUUCCUCGCGCUCCUUUGCUCCAACAGAGGCAGGGAAGCAAGGACAGUACGCAAGAAGACGAUGACGAGGACGAGGAGUCCACCACUGACGAAGAAGAGUCAAACGUCGAAGAUAUAAAACUGAGUAUCGGUGACAAAAUCCCUGUGCCUGACAAGGUAGCGACAGCUGCUACUGCAAAGGAAACUGAGGCGGGAGCCGAGAUAUCGGCUCUUGUUAACUAUGUGCAACCCGUGCAUUUUAGCAGUUUUGAAAAUGCUGAGAAGAAAAAUCGCAUGUACGAAAUGUCUUCGUUUGACGAGAAACAAGCAACAACACUGUUGAAGGAGAGGCCAUUGGAGUUCGUAAAUUACAACAAACACCAGCUUUCCAGGGUUUAUCCCGCCGGGACCAGAUUCGAUUCCAGCAACUUUAUGCCUCAGGUGUUUUGGAACGCUGGCUGCCAGCUGGUUGCAUUAAAUUACCAAACUCUAGAUCUUGCCAUGCAACUCAACUUGGGGAUUUUCGAGUACAACCAUCGUUGCGGAUACCUCCUGAAACCAGAAUUCAUGAGACGAAAGGAUCGGCGAUUGGAUCCCUUUGCUGAGUCAACUGUUGACGGUAUAAUAGCUGGAACUGUACACAUACACGUGAUUUCGGCACAAUUUUUAACAGACAAGAGAGUUGGCACUUACGUUGAGGUCGAUAUGUACGGGCUACCAGCGGACACAGUGAGAAAGAAGUUCAGGACUAAAAUCGUCCAGAAUAACGGAAUAAACCCGGUUUAUGAUGACCCGCCAUUCAUUUUCAAAAAGGUUGUUCUGCCGGAACUCGCAUCUCUCCGAAUAGCUGCCUACGAGGACUCAGGUCGACUGAUCGGACAUAGAGUGCUGCCAGUCGUUGGUUUGUGUCCCGGAUAUAGACAUGUCGCUUUGAGAACUGAAUGUGGUCAACCACUGCCUUUGGCUAGCCUGUUUCUGCACGUAAUCGUCAAGGAUUACGUACCCGAUGGACUUUGCGACUUUGCUGAAGCGUUAGCCAAUCCGAUUAAAUACCAAAGUGAAUUAGAGAAAAGGACUAAUCAGCUGUCUGUCUUCACAGACGAUGUCGAUGAACUCACGGAAGGCGAUUUGGAAGAUAAGGAUAAGUUUGGCACAGGGGCAAGUUCCUCAAAAUCAACAGAUGAGUUGUCGAAGGCAAAACGCUUGCAGUCCAUCAGUGAAUCAACUGGAUCGUUGCCGAUGUCUGGCAGUCCGCACGGCAGAUCGUCCAUAGUGGGGAUCCUCAACUCUCCCGAAACUCAAGAACAAGACGAGAGCCCAAAUGCUUCCACAUUACAACCAGCGGAAAGUUCUGCGACGAAAAGUCCUGUAAAUACAAGUAGUGUGAACGAUGAGAUAGUUGCCGAUUCGUUCGAAAAGUUAAUGGAGAACAAACUGAUUAAGGAUAAAAAGAUGGAGUUGGAUAAAAAACUGGAAUCGUUGAGGAAAAAACACGAGAAGGAAAAGAUGAGAAUACAGUCGCAGAAAGGAUCACUGGACGGUGAAAAGCACAGAUCUAAAUUUUACGUGAGCCAGAUGUUGGUAAAGCGACUUUCGAGUAAAAACAUAUUCUCAAGCGAAGUUGGACUUAGCACCCAACUGCUCGCUGAAACCUCUGAAUGUUCCGAGGCAGAGCAGCGCGACGGAGUUGAGGGAAUUCCGCGAGGAUUACCUAGAAGUCAAAGCGAGAGGCUGUUGGCAGUGUGCAAAGAGCAUGUGCUGCAGGAGCGGGAACUUCAAGAGAAAUAUCAUGAGAGUUUGUUUGCAACGCUUGAAAAAAUUAUGAAAGUUUCACAGUCAAAUCAGUUGAAAUUAUUAAAAGAGAAUCGUCAGAGAGAGAGAGAAGAGGCAUUGAAAAAACUCCAGGCUACUAGGCAGGAUCAGGUGAAACAGCUCGCCAAGCUUCAUAGAGACAAGGGUGAAUUGGACAGAGUUAAACGUGAGCUGGCUAAGUCUACGGUUGAAAAAGGUGUCAUCGAGUGUACUAAACUCAAAGAAAUUUAUGAGAAGAAACGAGUUGAACUUGAAAGACAGCAUGAAGAGGUCAGACAGAGGCUAGAAGAUGAAAAAGCGAAGGUAAAAGCAGCGCUGCAGGCCGAGUAUAAUAAUCGUUACAGCAAGUUUGAAAUUACUGAAUUUACGUUAUCUCCAUCCGGCGGUAGCAGCAUCCCAGAAUCUCUGAGUGGAAACACUAACUAAUACCUCAAGUUGGGUCUGCGAGAAUAACGCGUAGGCCUUGAAACUUACUUGCUGUGUUUAGACUGUCCAUCAGAUACUAUCCGAGUCUGAUGUUUUCUGUGUUUUCGGGGACCUCGAUAGGUGUGCUGUCCAAUAUGUAAGUCUUCGUGUUUCAAUUAAUUAAUUAAAACGAAAAAAAAAAAAAAAACGCUUACCGCAUUGAGUUGUGGUAAAACUAAAGAGCUAAUUAUUAGAUAUUGUUUAGUUUUCUUGAGAGAUGUUGAGACAAGUGAAAGAAGCGGACAACUCCUGUGUUAAUCGAGAGGCUCUCCUUUUCAAAUCGCAACUAGGUACCUUACAGAAUCUCUAUAUUUAUCUCUUUCUCUUUAACGCUAUUUUACACAUUUAUUAGUAUAUUUUAUUGCUCUACGCACAGCUAUGCCGAUAAUUUCGAAAAAGCAUGAUAUUUUAUGUAUAUGUACAUACCAUGCAUUAUUAUAGUAUGUUAUCUUUAAUUGACACUGACUUAAAUGAUCGAAGUCCGUGAAUUGUUUUCAAACAAAGAGAGCUUCGUCACGGCGAUGUUUUCUGACAGAAGGCAACUUUAAUUUGGUGAAGCAAAAAAUGGGUUGGUAAUUCACACGUAAUACAUCCUCUUUAACUAUCGAGUGUGACCUAGGAGCUCAGCAAACAGACUAUCGAGAAGUAAAGAUAUGAAAUCUAAUUCUAAAUAACUGUAACCUUUUCCAAAAUAUCGAUUCACUUUGUUGUUAUAUGAAUAAGAUGUUACUCAGAAAACCAUUCUAACCAUAUUAUACUUAUAGGGAGGAAAACAAGAAAGAUGUAAAAGAAAACAACAACAAAAAACAAGAACAAAACAAAAAAAAAAAAAAAAAAAAAAAAAAUGCAAAAUAGAAUUAACAAUUCAUUUAUAAUUUAUAAAAUCAAAUCUUGAAAGAUCUGAGGUGUAUAAAUAUUUAUGUGAAUCUCUUUGGCCUAUGAGAAGCGUAAGGCAUGUGCGAUUAUAAUAUAACACAUUUAACGUAUUUUUGACUGAAAGUAAUCAACGUAAAAACAUUUCUCAAGAACCUGCUUCAGAAGCGCUGGGACUGAUUGGUGAAAAAGGAAUGGAAUUCAAUGCACUCAUAUAUCUUGGCUGUUUGCAGAACAGUAUCGCAAAGUUGCUGAGAUUGUAAAUCAGGCAUCUAAUCUUUGUAUUUGACGAUUUAUUCGAAGACAAAGCCAAUGCAUUCCUACUUGUUUAGUAAAUCUUGUUUAUCGGUACAUAAUUGGAGAAAAAUGGAUGACACUGAAAAUUUGAAAGUAUGUGUAAUACCGCUUUCAAGUUCGGAAAACAACAUCCUGUUUUCAAUUCAUUUCCUUAUCUGAAUUGUGCAAUCAAUGCAGUCAAUAAAAUAUGCGGUUGAAGUGGGCCUGCAUUGGCUGUUUCAAUGAAAUUAAUAAGAUUGUGUAAAAUAUAGGUUAGACUAAAGUAUAAUAUUAAUAUAUUUUAUAUAUCCUAUUGAAAGCAGGAAAAAAAACACUCAAGGCAACUUUUCAUUUUCUUAUCGAUGUUGAAUAUUAGGCGAUGAAGUUAACCACCAGCUGUUCCCAGAACUUCUGACGUUUAUCAGGAUCUAUGUGAGAUUCAUCAAAGAAUGAACUUUGGUCGAAUCGCCUCUUUGAGGAAGACAAUCAAAAAUGUUACAGGGUAAACUAAACUGUAACAUUUUCCUUGUUGUUUCUAAUCAUAUGAUAUACUUAAAAUAAGCGAAUCUUAUUAACUGUAAGGUAAAGAUUUAAGGUGUGUAAACUUUCUUGUAAAGUGUGUUAUUUAUUUUUGUUUAAAUUAUCGUAUUGUCCCGAAUAUAAGCCGUUUUUUGUCGUUGACGUAACUAAGAAAAACACCCUGCAACACUGUCUCAGAAUUGGGGGUCGGCUUAUGUGCGGAGCAAUGUGGUAUUAUCGCUGACAUUAGUAUCGGACGUAUAGUCCUCAUUAUAGGGCAUGUUCACUGAUUAUCAUGGCAGCAAAGUUUUUACGGCAGUGGGAUUCGAAGUCUGAAUAUUAUUUGGCGUUAAGAUAUCGAAGUUGAUGAAAUGAUGUCUUGUUACAUCAUGUCAACGAAUUCGUUUUACGUUAUUUCGGCCCAAAAUCCGACUGUCAAUAGAUAAUGUAAAAGGGACAUGUUGUGAUAUUAAAGGAUCUCAAAGCAAUUGUAGCUGCGCAAACAAGUCGUUACGAACCAAACAUCAAAAUGAGCUGGUUGAGUAAAAAUAUGCGAAUAACUUCCACACUGUUCACAAUCCAGUAAACUUAUUUGUUAAAAUGCAAUAAGUCGCAUGAUACACAGUCGAAGAAUACAAUUUUGGCUAAUGAGUAUUUCAGCGUGCGAAAGAAUCUCAUUAUUUUAUUGUUCCGGACAUAUUGUUCCAGAGUUGUAACAUUAUUCCAAGUCGCACGUUUGGUUUUAAUAUCUACCACCCGACGCCUGCUUAUCUCAAGUACCGUACAAGUCUAUUUUUUAUACAAAGAGAAAAGACAUGAUAUUUUAUACACAAUAUAAGUCGCAGGAAUUGUUUUUCCUUUGGAAUUAAUUUAUGUGCUUUUACAUUAUUUGAAAAUCAAGCUAAUUUCUCUACUCUUCAUUGUUCAUAAUAAAUCCGAUCUAAUAUUGCUGCAAUUUUGAUAUAUUCUCAAUACAAUGGCUUGAGAAAGUAGGUGUAUCGACAGCAGUUUCAAGCUUGACACAACAAUGCUUGAAUGAUGCAACGUUUGUUGAAACAUUCAGCAAAUGUUUGGCAAUGGAGAGGAAAUGAGUGCAGUCGGUAGGCUGAAAAAAAGAGGGAAAAACGGAUAUCACAAUAACGAUGCUUGGAUAUUAAAAGAUACAACGGGUUGAAAAAACAAAAAUGUAAUCUAGAUUACAUAUGCAUACAUAUGGUGUGUAUAUAGCAGUAAAAGUUGAGCAGAAUUGUAUUUUAUAGAUAAUCACUAUUAUACUGUGAGAAAUAAUGCGUCUUUUCCAAAUAGUAUAGGAGAAAGUAAAGUAAUACACAGACAUAUUGUAAAUGCGGAUAGUUAUUUUCAAGAAGAGUUACCAUUUCUUAACAAAGACAGGAGCCGCUCGUCUCCUAUCCUAGUUACUGUGUCGAUUCUAGUUUUUCUAGUAGCGAUUUCGAUUUUCUCCUGGAAUUGAAUGUAUAGUCAAAGCGAGUGAACUUGAUUGUAAAGAAAUGGCUACAAUUUUUGGACAGUCAGACCCAAAUAUAUUGCCUAGUAAUACAGGAAAGUGAAACCCAAUAGUAUUGAUCUAGCUCUGGUAGUAACGAUGUAACAAUACCACAACUACACGACCUUCGGCAUUUCUUAUUUUAUUGUGAUUAUAGAUAUUUUUUCUCAGUUCGAUGCUUUUAUCCGACGAAUAGUAUUCAUAUUGUAGAGCGUGCCAGCUUCCUGUAUGAUUACACUAUAUUUGGAAGAAAGUUAAUGAUUAGCGUAACGCCUCUUCCAAAUAGGAUAUUCCCCUAGGGUUGUAUUGUAACUAGUUAGUGAAUUGAUACCUUUAGAAAAUUGUAAGAUUAAUGUUUAUAGGAACGGUAUUAAGGUAGAUAUACAUAAGCGUACAUAUGUGUAUACCAACAGUUUUGCAGUAGCUUAGAAAUAAUUAUAGCACAAUAUUGUACGUGGCAUAAGUGUAUAUUUAAAAAUGCACUGAAAAUUUCGUUAGUUAGAAUACUUCUAUGCAUCGCUGUUAACUUGGGUACGUAGAAAUGCAAACGAUCAAAUUUUUAUAACUUCUUUCUUUUCAUUUCGCAAGUCUUUAACACAUAUCCAAAGUAUUUGGUAAAAGUUUUGGAAACGUGUUGAAGAUUUUUACGCACAAAUUUGUCUUUAAUUGAUAUACUCAUGAAUUUUAUGUCCAGUCUCAUUUGAUAAACAACCUAGUAUUAGAAUAAUUAUAACUAUGUGUUUGGAUAUACAGCUCGCUGUUAUCGUUUCAUUUUUAAAGCUUCGAUGUAGAAGAAGAAAGUUAUUCUCUAUCACAAAUUAUUGAGUAGUCGUCAAAUUCACACAAGUUAAUCAUUAUCGAGAUUUUAAUUUUGCUGCUGUGAUUUUGAAAUUUAUUACCACUGAUUUUAGCAGAGCCCUAGUCACAAUUUGCUACUGUACCAGUUAUAAAUAAGAAGAAAUCGAUAUUUUAGUUGAUAGGGGAUGAGUUGCGUGCUAAUAGUUUAGUUUAUAGAGCUGGGCAUCGUGAUUUUUCUACUAAACGGUACAAAUUUUUAAUAUUAUUUGUUGUAGAAAUUUAAGACAAUUUCUUUACGUUGUAGAGAGCGGUCCAAGAUCUUCCAUUACAAUACCCUAGAGAAUAAUACUUAUAUUUCAAUUUCAAUCACGCUGCAAUCUGCAAGUUUUAUAUUUGCCCAUAUUUCAUUAUCACGAAUCUAUUUUUAUUUAUUAUGAUUCCGAUACAACGGUAAUCGAACCGUUUCACUUUUAGGUAAACAGUUGUUUGUUGUAUUCCGUUUUUUUUUUUUUUUUUCUCUCAAGUUUUGUCUCCAAUCGUUGCACAAGUUACUGUUUAAUUUAGGUUUAAAAUAAAACUUGCCACUCGAUAGUACAAUGUACAAUUUUACCUGGAUAACAGUGAUGCGUACGAUUUGACGUAGACCUCGGAUUAGCUGAAUACUGGGUGUAGAGACAGAGGCUAACUGUCGGAGAACAGAAAAUCUUAAAAUGCAUGCAUUUUGUGACUCUGUCUAUGCGCGCAAAAUUUCGGAUCAGAAUUUUGUAUCCCAGUAAUUACAUCGUCUGUAUAUAUUAGCUUGACCUCCCAUCCUCCUUCGUCCUACCACAAAUAUUUAUACACAAAAUAUUGAUAAAAAUAUUAUAUUCAUGUUGAAAUAUUAA